AUGUCUCACCUCUUUCCUGUCUGUGGGACAUGUCUCACCUCUUUCCUGUCUGUGGGACAUGUCUCACCUCUUUCCUGUCUGUGGGACAUGUCUCACCUCUUUCCUGUCUGUGGGACAUGUCUCACCUCUUUCCUGUCUGUGGGACAUGUCUCACCUCUUUCCUGUCUGUGGGACAUGUCUCACCUCUUUCCUGUCUGUGGGACAUGUCUCACCUCUUUCCUGUCUGUGGGACAUGUCUCACCUCUUUCCUGUCUGUGGGACAUGUCUCACCUCUUUCCUGUCUGUGGGACAUGUCUCACCUCUUUCCUGUCUGUGGGACAUGUCUCACCUCUUUCCUGUCUGUGGGACAUGUCUCACCUCUUUCCUGUCUGUGGGACAUGUCUCACCUCUUUCCUGUCUGUGGGACAUGUCUCACCUCUUUCCUGUCUGUGGGACAUGUCUCACCUCUUUCCUGUCUGUGGGACAUGUCUCACCUCUUUCCUGUCUGUGGGACAUGUCUCACCUCUUUCCUGUCUGUGGGACAUGUCUCACCUCUUUCCUGUCUGUGGGACAUGUCUCACCUCUUUCCUGUCUGUGGGACAUGUCUCACCUCUUUCCUGUCUGUGGGACAUGUCUCACCUCUGUCCUGUCUGUGGGACAUGUCUCACCUCUGUCCUGUCUGUGGGACAUGUCUCACCUCUGUCCUGUCUUACGUCUGACCUGUCUCUGGGACAUGUCUUACCUCUGACCUGUCCCUGGGACAUGUCUCACCACUGUUCUGUCCGUGGGACAUGUCUCACCACUGUUCUGUCUGUGGGACAUGUCUCACCACUGUUCUGUCUGUGGGACAUGUCUCACCUCUAUCUUGUCUAUGGGACAUGUCUCACCUCUAUCUUUUCUAUGGGACAUGUCUUACCUCUGACCUGUCUCUGGACAUGUCUCACCUCUGUCCUGUCUCUGGACAUGUCUCACCUCUGUCCUGUCUCUGGACAUGUCUCACCUCUGUCCUGUCUCUGGACAUGUCUCACCUCUGUCCUGUCUCUGGACAUGUCUCACCUCUGUCCUGUCUCUGGACAUGUCUCACCUCUGUCCUGUCUCUGGACAUGUCUCACCUCUGUCCUGUCUCUGGACAUGUCUCACCUCUGUCCUGUCUCUGGACAUGUCUCACCUCUGUCCUGUCUCUGGACAUGUCUCACCUCUGCCCUGUCUCUGGACAUGUCUCACCUCUGUCCUGUCUCUGGACAUGUCUCACCUCUGUCCUGUCUCUGGACAUGUCUCACCUCUGUCCUGUCUGUGGACAUGUCUCACCUCUGUCCGGUCUGUGGACAUGUCUCACCUUUUUCCUGUCUGUGGACAUGUCUCACCUCUGUCCUGUUUCUGUCCUGUCUCUGGACAUGUCUCACCUCUGUCCUGUCUGUGGGACAUGCCUCACCUCUGUCCUGUCUCUGGACAUGUCUCACCUCUGCCCUGUCUCUGGACAUGUCUCACCUCUGUCCUGUCUCUGGACAUGUCUCACCUCUGUCCUGUCUGUGGGACAUGUCUCACCUCUGUCCUGUCUGUGGGACAUGCCUCACCUCUGUCCUGUCUCUGGACAUGUCUCACCUCUGCCCUGUCUCUGGACAUGUCUCACCUCUGUCCUGUCUCUGGACAUGUCUCACCUCUGUCCUGUCUUUGGACAUGUCUCACCUCUGUCCGGUCUGUGGACAUGUCUCACCUUUUUCCUGUCUGUGGACAUGUCUCACCUCUGUCUUGUCUGUGGACAUGUCUCACCUCUGUCCUGUUUCUGUCCUGUCUCUGGACAUGUCUCACCUCUGUCCUGUCUGUGGGACAUGCCUCACCUCUGUCCUGUCUCUGGACAUGUCUCACCUCUAUCUUGUCUCUGUCCGGUCAGUGGAUAUGUCUCACCUCUGUCCUGUCUUUGGACAUGUCUCACCUCUGUCCGGUCUGUGGACAUGUCUCACCUUUUUCCUGUCUGUGGACAUGUCUCACCUCUGUCUUGUCUGUGGACAUGUCUCACCUCUGUCCUGUUUCUGUCCUGUCUCUGGACAUGUCUCACCUCUGUCCUGUCUGUGGGACAUGCCUCACCUCUGUCCUGUCUGUGGGACAUGCCUCACCUCUGUCCUGUCUCUGGACAUGUCUCACCUCUGUCCUGUUUCUGUCCUGUCUCUGGACAUGUCUCACCUCUGUCCUGUCUGUGGGACAUGCCUCACCUCUGUCCUGUCUGUGGGACAUGCCUCACCUCUGUCCUUGGAUAUGUCUCACCUCUGUCCUGUCUGUGGACAUGUCUCACCUCUGUCCUGUGUGUGGGACACGCGGCCCGUGGGUCUGUUGCUCCACACGUUGACUCGCGGUGGAGGCGCUUCCACUCUUCGCAAAGACGCGUCCGCUUCGCUCCCGCGCGCGUCCACUUCGCUCCCCUCGUUCUCCUUGUCGCUGUGGGGUGUUUUCCGGGGGGCUCUGGAGUCCGUGGGGUCCGUGUGCGGUGGGGUCCCGGGGGGGUCCGAGUCCGUGUGUGGGGGGUUCUCUGUGGGGGGACAGAGCAUGACACGCGCGGGUUCGCUCUGCACCUCUGCGGACAUCACGCGUUAG